AUGCAGAGUGUCAGGAGCUUCACCGGCUUCAGGGCCAAUGCCCUCCGGCCGAUUGCCCACAAGGUGAUGAACGGCCUGGUAGCUGGCGAGGCGGUGACUAGCCGGUCUAGGGUGAUGGUGGUCACCCGUGCUGGCUACAUUGGGUCCCCAACCAACGUGAUCAUGGUGCUGUCCACCUUCCUUCCCAUCGUGGCGGGCAGGCUGGGCCUUGCCCCCACCGCAACCCGGCACACCACCCCCGGCCUGAAGCUGUAUGAGGACAAGUCCGCGGGCCUCAUCAGCGGCGACCCGGCAGGGUUGACCAUCUGGGAUGUGCUGGCGCUGGGCGCGCUGGGCCACAUCAUUGGGGUGGGAAUUGUGCUGGGCCUGCACAACUCUGGGAACCUGUAG